CUUAUUUGGGCCAGAAAGCCCAUAUCCAUUCUUCUACAAUUAGGGUUUUUCAUUCUUAACACUGAGCCGCAGUUUCAUUCUUCACUCUGUUUCUCUACCUUUGGAGCUUUUGCUUACUUUCUCAAAUCCAAAAUGGCUAGAGGUUUGAAGAAGCAUUUGAAGAGGCUCAAUGCCCCUAAGCAUUGGAUGCUUGACAAGUUGGGUGGUGCUUUUGCUCCUAAACCCUCAUCUGGGCCACACAAAUCUAGGGAAUGUUUGCCUUUGAUUCUUAUCUUGCGAAACAGAUUGAAGUAUGCUUUGACAUACCGUGAGGUUAUUGCUAUUCUGAUGCAACGCCAUGUCCUUGUUGAUGGCAAAGUUAGGACUGAUAAGACUUAUCCAGCUGGAUUCAUGGAUGUUGUGUCCAUCCCUAAAACAAAUGAGAACUUUCGUCUGCUUUAUGAUACCAAGGGUCGAUUCCGUCUCCACUCUGUCAGAGAUGACGAAGCAAAGUUCAAGCUCUGCAAGGUUCGUUCUGUGCAAUUUGGGCAGAAAGGUAUCCCAUACUUGAACACCUAUGAUGGUCGCACUAUCCGCUACCCAGACCCCGUCAUCAGGGCUAAUGACACCAUCAAGCUGGAUCUGGAGGAAAACAAGAUUGUUGAUUUCAUCAAAUUUGAUGUUGGAAAUGUUGUUAUGGUUACUGGUGGUAGAAACAGAGGGCGUGUUGGAGUGAUCAAGAACAGAGAAAAGCAUAAGGGAACAUUCGAGACUAUCCACGUUCAGGAUGCCACUGGUCACGAAUUUGCAACUCGUCUGGCCAAUGUGUUCACUAUUGGCAAGGGAACCAAGCCAUGGGUAUCUCUUCCCAAGGGUAAGGGUAUUAAGCUUACUGUCAUUGAGGAAGCUAGGAAAAGGGCUGCUGCAGCUCAACAAGCAGUUGCUGCUUAAAUUUCUAUGCUAUGAAUUUUUAAGACUCCACCGUUUUGUAGUUUUAUUCAACUCUUUUGGUUUUGAAUGUCUCUUAUCGAUUUUGUUCUCUAAAUUAAAGACUCUUGUAGUUUUAUUCGACUCUUUUGGUUUUAAAUGUCUUUAUCAUUCUUGUUCUGUCUGAA